GUAGGGAAGAGCGGCAAGUACCACAUCGCAACCUUUCACGAGGAGCAACACGCCAUUGAGGAGGAGAUGCAGGCUAUCCUAAGUGGUUUGGACCAGGCCUCCGGAAUCACAAUGACGAAUGAUGUCUUUAAGACCAGCACCGAGGAUGAGAUUCAGAAGUGGGUGCAUGCAGCCAACGGGGAGUUGAACAACAUGGACAAAUGGCAGGCGGGGACGCCAAGCUCAUGGAAUACACUGCGGCAGGACUUGGGUCUGAGGGAAACCGACGAGCUACCGGAGAUCAGACCUUCAAAACUCGUGAACGUGCAAAAGCCCGUCGUCAUGGAGGAAGACAUUAAGAACAGAGCGGAGUCAGCGAAGAAGCAUGCGGAGCUAAAGUCUUGGAAGGCUCGCGUUAGGAUUUUGGGUGUGGGAAUUUCGAAGACACAUCGGCGCACACAAAGGAAGAGAAUGCAUCUUGCAACAUCCGAUGUGAAGGCCCACGCUUGA